AUGAGCGCGCUGUCGCACGAACAGCAGCAGCUGACGGCGCGACUGACUUCCGCAGCAGCAGAACCAGAGGCAGCAGCAGCUGGAACAGCGACAAACGCAACAGCAGCAGCAGCAGCAACAGCAGCACAAGACACUGCAGCACAUGCAGCAGAGGCGGAAGCGCUCGCAACGGCGCUGCUGGACCUUGCACAAGACAUUUGGAGCUGCUUCAGGUCGGAGCAGCAGCAGCAGCAGCAGAACGGCAGCAGGUGCUCUGCAGGCCCAAAGGAACUGCUGCUGCUGCAGCAGGCAGUCACAACAGCAACUGCUGCAGCAAAUGCUCUGCUGCAGCAAAGGGAUAGGGAGCAGGGGCCCACCAGCGCAGGGUCGUUGCAUCUCCGCAGCAACAGCAGCAGCAACAGCAGCAGCAGCAACAGCAGCAACAGCAACAACAGCAACAGCAGCAGCAACAGCUGCUGUUAUUGUUCCAAACCGCCGGCGGCUGUGCUUCUGCAGCAGCAGCAACAGCAGCAGCGGCAGCUAGCCUCCCCCUAUUCUGUUGCGGGGUCACCUCCCUUCCCUUCGUGGGCGAACGACAGCAGCAGCAGCAGCAGCAGCAGCAACAGCAACAGCAACAGCAGCAGUGAACGGUUUCUGCAGGUGCUGCCUCUCUGCCUCCCCUUCUUAUCGCUGGAAGAAAGAAUUGGCUGUGAGCUAGGGUUUAAGGUUUAG